AUGUCUGCCACACGAUGGAACAGAGCACGCACAUUGCUCGCACAGCCAGCUAGAACCCAUGCCGUCUUCAGACCAGUCGCCAUCCGCGCUCCCAUUCAACACCACCUCGGACGCACCGCCGCCGUCGCCACUGUUGCUGCACGCACCCAGGACCGAUGGAGGCCAUGGAUGAUGGCGUCAGUUGCAACGGCAGGAGUUCUUUCCUGGCAGCUCAGUCAGUCUCUCGUCAAGUCCGAGAGCCAUGCUCAAUCCGCCACUGUCAUUGACGAGGACUCAAAGCUCGAGUUCCCAAGGACAAUCCUCUCCGAGGACGGAUCCCCCGCCCGUCUCUUGGGCUUGGGAGUCCGCAAGAUCACCUUUCUCAAGGUCCAAGUCUACGUGGUCGGCCUCUACGCCAAAGCCUCGGAUCUGGACGACCACAACUCGCGGUUCCGUGCGUUGCCCGAGGUCCAAAAGUUCCAACGCACCGAUGCGAUUAGCUCUGAUGCUGCUUUUAGGGCCAUUGUCCAGAACCCGAUCGAGUUGGUCUUGAGGAUUGCACCUGUGAGGAACACCAACGGUCCUCAUCUUCGCGAUGGGUUUACUCGCAACUUGACCCAGGCUCUCAAGCGCCAGAAUCUCAAUGAUAUCGAGAACGAGGAGGCAAUGAAGGGUAUUAUCGAGUUCAAGAACUUGUUCCCCAAGGGCAAGAUCCUUGCAGGUCAAGCCCUGCUAUUCAGAAAGUCGCCCGAUGGCUCCAUGUCCGUCGAAUUGGAUGGCGAAGUGCUGGGAGAAACCCGUAACACCUGGUUGAUCGAGUCAUUCUUCUUGGGAUACCUUCAUGGAGAGAACCCUAUCAGUGGCAAGGCCCGCGACAGUAUUGCCCAGGGUAUCCAGGACCUCUUGCUUCAGUAA